AUGAGGCACGCACAAUUCUUGGCACGUACUGUGCUCGUGCAAAACAACAAUGUGGAAGAGGCAUGCCGGCUACUGAAUCGUGUUCUGGGCAAGGAAGAAAUCUUUGAUCAAUUUCGUCGUACACGUUACUAUGAAAAGCCAUACCAAGUCAGACGUCGUGUAAAUUUCGAAAAGUGCAAAGCCAUUUACAAUGAAGAUAUGAAUCGUAAAAUCCAAUUUGUACUUCGCAAAAAUCGUGUAGAUCCAUUCCCAGGUUGCAGUUAAACAAUG